GCAGCAGUAAAAUAUCAUUUUGCUGUCCUUCCACCGAUCACUUAGUAUCUACAGUGUUUCCAGCAGCUGUGUUUUCUGCCUGGUAGAGGGAGGCCUGGAUUAAUAAACAUCUUUGCUGCUAAGAGUCUGUUCCUGCUUGGAGCCAAACUGAACAUAGAUCCACCAGUUGGGUGCCACCAUGACCCUCCUUUCUACAGCAGCACCAAACAUUGCCCAUGUUCAUGUGGAUUUAACAUGUACCUGCCGUUGCUGUGUGCAGAGAUUUACAGGGAUGUGGUGCCACAGGUUGUUCCACUUACAGAGCAGGCUCCAGAACCUGCUGAAAGGAGGAGUCACAAGUUGGGCCCUUCAACAGCCCAACUUCAAAAGAUUAUUUCCAUUAGCCAUCCACGGACACCAUACAGCCUCCAAGUCUCUGAACUGUGCUUGGCAGCAACAUGAAGAUCAUUUUGAACUGCAAUAUGCUAACACUGUUAUGCGUUUUGAUUAUGUCUGGCUUCGAGAUCACUGCCGCUCAGCGUCCUGCUACAACUCUAAGACUCACCAACGCAGCCUGGACACUGCCAGCGUCGAUUUAUGUAUCAAGCCAAAGACCAUUCGUCUGGAUGAGACUACAGUAUUUUUCACUUGGCCAGAUGGUCAUGUGACUAGAUAUGACUUGGAAUGGCUGGUGAAAAACAGCUAUGAAGGACAGAAACAAAAGAUCAUCCAGCCUAGAAUCUUAUGGAAUGCUGAAAUCUACCAGCAAGCCCAAGUUUCACCUGUAGAUUUCCAGAGCUUCUUAGAAACCAAUGAGGGACUGAAGAAAUUUCUGCAGAACUUUCUGCUCUAUGGAAUUGCAUUUGUAGAAAAUGUCCCUCCUACUCAAGAGCACACAGAGAAGUUAGCAAAAAGGAUCAGCUUGAUCAGAGAAACCAUCUAUGGGAGGAUGUGGUAUUUCACUUCAGACUUCUCCAGGGGUGACACUGCGUACACCAAGUUAGCUCUGGAUCGACACACUGACACUACCUAUUUUCAAGAGCCGUGUGGCAUUCAAGUGUUUCACUGUCUUAAGCAUGAAGGAACAGGUGGCAGGACACUGUUAGUAGAUGGAUUCUAUGCAGCAGAACAGGUACUUCAAAAGUCUCCUGAGGAAUUUGAACUCCUCAGCAAAGUGCCAUUGAAGCAUGAAUAUAUUGAAAAUGUUGGAGAAUGUCACAACCACAUGAUUGGGGUUGGGCCAGUCUUAAAUAUCUACCCGUGGAAUAAAGAGCUGUAUUUGAUCAGGUACAACAACUAUGACCGGGCUGUCAUCAAUACCAUACCUUAUGAUGUCGUCCAUCGUUGGUAUACAGCACACCGAGCUCUAACAAUAGAGUUGAGGAGACCAGAGAAUGAGCUUUGGGUCAAACUAAAGCCUGGCAGGGUCCUAUUUAUAGACAACUGGCGUGUCCUACAUGGCAGGGAAUCCUUCACUGGUUACCGCCAACUCUGUGGCUGCUACUUAACAAGAGAUGAUGUAUUAAAUACUGCUCGUUUCUUAGGACUUCAGGCUUAAAAUUGACAGCAUUGAGAUUAUGAACACACCUGGUGUCCCUGAGACUAUAAGCAGGGAUCUUGUCUACUAAGCUCAACUAUAAAGUCACCUUUACCUUUUUCUAUGGUGGGAUGGGAUCAUAAAAUCAGGAGCACAGACCUAACACAGCGCCUUAAAAAUAGUAGUUUCACGAUACAAAAUUUGCUCAUAAAAGAAUGAAGUAAUAAAUUCUUUUCAUACCAACUCACGAGAAAUUACUACAUUGUCUAUAAGUGUAUCCUUUCGUGUUUGGCAGUUAAGUGGCAAUGAAUUGUGUUCACCUCCAUGUAGAGUGAUCAACCAUCCUAGUUUACUCAUGACUGAGGGACUUCCUGGGCUGUGGAGCUUCCAGCUUUAAAACAGAGAAAAUUGCAGGCAAACUAAGACAGCUGAUCACCGUACCUUCAUGCUGCUAGCUAUGGAUUUUUCUUCAGUUUCCAUCACUGGUUCCCAGUUCUGUUAAAGUGCUUGUGAGUCACAGGCUGUGUAGCUGCCAUGAUUUGAAUUAUGUCCCCCAAAAAACGUGUGUAUCAAUUUGGCUAGGCCAUGAUUCCUGGUACUGUGUGAUAUUCCUGUAUGUUGUAAACCUGCCUCUAUGAUGUUAAUGAGGGAGGA